GUCAAGUGAAAACAAUCCACCAGAUAAUAAAUUAUUUUUAAUCGUAAAAAGGUUAUACAAAUAAAACACAAAUAAUUGAUUCUUUUUAGAAUUUCUUACAAAUAAACAAAUUUGUAUCUGGUGAUCGGAUAAGGAAAUGUUUACGAUGCGGCUGAAAUUGGGUUCAGAUAGAAAUAAAGAAUGGACAUCUUGCUUUUGUUUGCAUGUUCGAACAGCUACUAUCCUAUUUGGGAUAUGGCAUUUGGUACUUCAUAUUUUGGCUCUGACUGUACUUGCGCUGAUGAUGCGAAAUCAUCAUGUGAUUCUCCAAAAGAACGAAGACCUACAAACUGAUUUCUUGCCUACCCCUUUAAGCAAAAAAGAUGAUGACAAUCCCUACUAUUUGCCUACAACUCAGGAUAGCCGCAAAAUAUAUACAUCUGACAUCGACAUGGGCGCUCUAAUGACGGUUUGUACGUUAUCCAUUACCCUUCUUAUGGUCUACGGAACAAUUAAAGGAAAACCGACACAUGUCCUGCCAUUCUUCUGCUUACAACUUUUUGAUUUUGCCAUUACAGCUCUAACUGCAACUGGAUACUUUUGCUAUUUGAGAUCUGCUCAUCGCCUUAUCGCAGAAAACUGGAACCUUCCUUUGCGCCAAGAACUACUUCAGUUGAGUCCGCAAGUUUUGACGCUCAUUGUAUUAUUGGCCUUCUUAUUUUCAAUGUUAUGGAAGGCAUACUGGAUUAGUGUAGUUUGGAGAUGUUACAAGUACCUAACCUUCCGCCAACAAACCAAUCGGAACGCCAUUCGAUACAUCAUUCCUGAAUCGGACCACCGUGGUAUCACCGAUCCAGAUUACCCUAAUCUGUUCCGCGAUCAAGAGGCUGUCUUUGGUGUUUUGAAACAGACUCCACCACCAUCAUAUCAAGAUGUUAUGGACGAACAACCGCCACCAUAUCCUUGCACUACACAAGUCGUACAGGAGACGCCAAACAGAUUUAGGAUUAUACAGAAUUCUACAGAAAACCAGGAACCUAGCACCUCCGCCGAAGCUGUCAACGUCACGCCCGUAAUCGAAACUAGUGCUGAAGUAUCACCUGCUGUAGUACCAGAAUCUCCCGUGUCCCAACAACCCGAAGAGUCUGAAUUAAAAGCAGAAGUUGAUAAGGCUGAAGCAGUAGAACCCGUAGUUGAAGCUGAUGAGCUAAAGAAGGAGAACGAGCAAGACCUAAAAGUUGAGUCACCCACUAAGAAUGUUGCUGUCGUCCCACAAAACGAAAACUAGAUCUAACAUCUUCAAAAUUUAAUUCACUUUUUGGGGUUUUGUAUAUCACCCAAUUUGCUCCAAUUUUUAGCUAGUUCUCAUAAAUAAAUUAAAAAAAAAUGUUUUAACUUUUAAUCACUUUUGCAAUGUGAUUUUUAUUUUGGGUAUACAUGUUAAAUAAGAGUGCUUUAAUGACAGUUGAUUAGUGUUAAACUAUCAGCUGCCGUUGAAUCACUCUAUAAUUCGUACAGAAUCAUAUUCUGUCGUGCACUGUUAUUAUAUGUAGAGAUAUUUAUUUGGUUACUUAAUGUUAUGAUAGUGUAAAUGAAAAGCCUGUACUUUAAAUAUAUAAUAUCUUCUAGAGUUAAUAUAAUUGAUCUUAGUUAUUAUCGUGGGUAUUUUAGAGUGAAAUAAAUAAUGUAGUUUAAGUGUUA